AUGUCGAAAAGUGUCAGCAUACCGCAGGCACUCUCCGAGUUGCGCAAGGGUUCGACGCUUCGACGGAAAAGCACGACGAAUCGCCGAAAAAUCCCGAAUGCCAAGCUUCCAUUGACGGGUUUUGUCAUUUUCAUUGUCGGCAGGAGUGGACGAAUUUUGUUGUAUGGCACCCCAGCCGAUCGGGCUGGCAUAUCGAUCGGUGACGAGAUCAUCGGCGUGAACGAAUGGACACCGGAAAGGAAAACGAAAGAAGAAGUCAUUGAGCAUGUGCAAGAGUGUAUCCGAACCCGGGUCAUCCAGUUGCGAGUUCGGCGCAAAAUCGACGACACAAUUGAAACGGAUCUCAAAUUGGGGCUGGCCAAAGUGACGGAUGCUUUUCUCGUUUCCGUCGAGCGAAAUCAAGUGAAAAGCGUGAUGAAAACGCUGAUGAAAAAAUACCCGGAUGCUCGAGCGCUCGAUAUGGAAACAAUCGCUCAACAACAGACACAAUUCGCGAGUAUUCACAAUGGUCGAGCUCUGUCUGCCGAGUCAAUCGAACGUCGCCCCGAUUUACAAGAAAUUGAAAAAACUCGAGAAAAACAAAAGGAACACGAGUUUUUACGCUCGUCUCUCCGACAAUCGAAAAAGCUGAGAUCACUCGAGAAUAAAGCCGAUUCGAAAGGCAAUUUGGAAAUAGAGAAAACUCCAGAGAAAGGCUACAACAAUCCGAGUUUCACGGAGACGACAAUGAAAAACGAGAGGGAUUUCGCGGAGAACAACAAUGAAUCGAUUGCUCUGAAACAAGUGAUUCAUUCGGUGGAUCGUCUGGCUGAGCAUCUCGCGAAAAUGGAGGGACGAGAAGAGGAGGGAAAUUUACUCCGUCAAUAUUUCUCGAACGAGGGCGUUCGCCGAGCGAUCGAGCAGGCCACCACGCAUACACAACAACCAUCCACCUCAUCGCAAACGUCGCACAACGAAAAAGAUGGGAAACCCAUGAAAAUCGUGGUUCUGCGGAAAGAUCCCGAUUCGUAUUUGGGUGCCACCGUGCGAAAUGAAGGCGAUCGGGUGAUCGUCGGUCGAGUUGUGCGUGGAGGGAUUGUCGAGAGGACGGCCACGAUACGUGAAGGUGAUGAGCUACUCGAGAUCAACGGCUUGCCAUUAAAGGGGAAAACUGUGGCUGAAGUCUGUGAUUUAAUGCGUGUGAUGAGCGGUGAGAUUCGUUUCGUUGUGUCCCCUUGUUCAGAAACGGAUACCCCUCAACCGCCGACUUAUGUGCAACAUUUGCGAGCACUCUUUGACUAUGAUCCUGAGGACGAUGUCUAUGUGCCGUGCAAAGAGUUGGCGCUGAAAUUUCAACGAGGCGACAUUUUACACGUGAUCAACACAACCGACGAGAAUUGGUGGCAAGCGUAUCGCGAGGGCGACGAUCCAUCGCAUUCUCUAGCCGGUCUCGUCCCAAGUAGCAGUUUUCAUCAACAGGUUGUAAUGUACACGGAUGAGCUCGAGAAAGAGAAGCGCCCAAAAUGCCGAAAAGAGGCAAGAAAACGAUUGCCCGAGGUGUUAAAGGGUCUCCGCCGUCGAAAAAGCAACGAAAUGCGUUCUUCGGCUGAUGAAGAAGGAUUGGGCACUGCAUGUGGAUAUCAUAGUGAUAUGCUCACGUAUGAAGAAGUCGUUUUGCACUUGGCCCGCUCCGAGCGAAAACGACCGAUUAUUUUGUGCGGACCCGAAGGAGUUGGAUGCUUAGAAUUGAGGAAAACGCUCAUCGAAGAAGACAAAGAGAGAUUGGGUGGAGUUGUGCCGCACACCACCCGAGCGCCGAUCGUCGGUGAAAACGAUGGAGUGCAUUAUCAUUUCGUUUCCAGAACCGAAUUUCAAGAUGAUGUCAAGGCUGGUUCUUUCAUCGAAUGGGGCGAAUUCGAGAAAAAUUUGUACGGCACAUCAGUGAAAGAGGUGAAAGCGGUCAUAAAACGCGGAAACACUUGUGUGUUGACGCUGAAACCGGAAUCCUUGUCGUUGAUUCGAAACGCCGAUCUUCAACCGUUCAUCAUUUUCAUCGCCCCACCGUCACUCAUCGUGUUGCGAAGACAAAAGGAAACUGAACGAGCGAAAAUUGGUGAAUCAUCGGCUCCGGUGCGUGAUGAGCAAUUAAAAGCCACUCUAAAUCAGGGAAAAGCCAUUGAGCAGAAAUUCGGUCACUUAUUUGAUCACAUCAUCGUCAAUAUGGACUUCGAUCGCUCGUUGGCCGAGUUAAAGACAGUGAUCCGGAAAGUCGAGAACGAGCCUCAAUGGGUGCCAGCUGCUUGGCUUGCACAGCAACAACUU